GAUGAGGAGAAAGAAGGGUGGCUAACAGAGGGUUUUAAGUUAAAAUUAGGAGAAGGGAAAGGAGUGAGCUUCUAGAGAGAUAGUUGGGGUGGGGAGGGAGAACUUGCUAACCUCUUUCCAAGAUUGUAUAUCUUGUCAACAGGAAAGGAGAAAAAAUGUUGUCAAAUGGGCAAUGAGGAAGAUGGAACAUGGAGGUGGAAUCUAGAGUGGAGGAGAGCCUUAUUCGACUGGGAAAGAGAGGAAGCAGCAGAAUUACAACGAAAGAUCGAUAGCAUGCGGAUAUACAAGGACAUCCCCAACACAUGGAAGUGGGAGCAUAGCAAGGAAAGCAAUUACUCAACUAAAACAGCUUACAAAUUGUUGACAAAUGAACUUAAUGGACUGGAUGCAACUCCAGUACAUAAGAAGGUGUGGAACCCAAUCAUCCCAAGCAAAAUUUCUGCUUUUAACUGGCAGCUUUUGCAGGAUAGAAUACCAACAAAGAGCAACCUACAAAGAAGAGGAAUAACCACUGAAUUGGAAGAUGGAAUCUGCGCUUUAUGCGAGGAGGAGGUCGAGGACUCGAAUCAUCUUUUCCUGAGGUGCAAGGUGGCAAAGUGGUUAUGGAAGGCUUGUGGGAAAUGGUGGGGGAUCUCAGUUAAUUUGGAAAAUGAUUGCUGGAAAUCUUUUGAGCAGUUUGGGGUAUGGGCCAAAGAAACACGAGUAAAGGAAGGUUGGGAUUGUAUAUGGAACGUCGUGGUGUGGACCAUAUGGCUCGCAAGAAAUCAAAAGAUAUUCCGAGACUCCGACAUCAACAAAAGUAAGUUGCUUGACCACAUUCAACUUAAGUCGUUUUGGUGGAUUAAAACAAGGAAAUCUAGAUGCUUGUUUAGUCUUUAUGAUUGGUUAUACAAUCCAAUGACAUGCCUCAAAGUUAACUGUGGUAGGAAAUAGGGGCUUGAACCAUACUUGGAUGAAAAGGUCAAUAUGAUAGGUGGGAUGGAUUGAACCAAUGCAGGUUGUUUAACAGGUAGCAUUGAGCAACUUAUUGACUCUUGUUGGCUUGUAAACAGAGUCAGUAGAUGCUCAAUAUGUACCUAUUUUGUAGCAUGGGCAGGAGUACCCCUUGUACUCUAUAUAAUAAACUAUAUUUGCUGUG